GAAACCGUUGCAGAUGAUGCUAAUACUUCAGUCCAGUUUCAUCUGAGGAGAUUAUCAUCUUGUGUGGGGGACCAUAUACUAGAAACAACCAGAUAUGAAACUUAUUUUAGUUUUUUUUUGUGUCACUCUACUCAAAUACGCAGGGGCUGCCUGCUAUAAUGGCACCGAAUAUCAGGUGUGUGAGUCAUGUGCCGGGUCAUGUGGACAAGGAAAUGGAUGUAUGUGCGCCGAUUUUAACACUUGUGUCCCUGACGAUUGUAGCAUGAAUUCAAAUGAGUGUUGCCCUCCUGGCUUAUUUUGGUCGGUGAAUGAAACCUGUUGUACAGCUAACGUGACCUGUGAUUCCCCAUGUGCAAGUGAUGAAACUUGUGCUACUAUUAACAACAAAGCAACCUGUUUUUGUGAUCCAAACUUUUACAAGAAAAAGAAUAUCACCGAUUUGAAGCCAAUACUUUUCUGUGGGAUUAACAUAACAAUUGUUUCUCUCAGCCGAUGCCUUCUGUAUGCCCUUGGAUAUGACUACAACACAUUUCGGCUUAAUGAAAACUCUGCUGCCUGCAAGUACAGCUAUAGGGAAAUUGUUAAUAAUCAGAGUUUACAGUCUAUUCAGGUCGUACAAAAACCUGGAUGGUGCGGAAAUAUUGCCACGAAUGAUUCAGCUAAGUACUAUAUUACAAAUACUCUUAACGUUGGUAUUCAGAAUAAAACCCUCAUUACUGUAAAUCCAAUCAAAAUGAACUUUACCUGCUCUUUUAACAUAACCAUGCAGACCAGCCUCGCCUUCGCUCUCAAUCCUGUACUAAGUACCACCUACCUUCCAGGAAUUAAUGGAGAAACUGUAUACCCCUUUACUAUGGCUGCUUACUUGAACAAAGAUUUUAUUUCACCAAUUGAAAUGAAUCAGGAAGUAUCUGUGGCUGUGGGAUCAUACAUCUACCUAGGCUUGUUUGUUACUGGUGCAGAUGGAGAUUUGCUUGCUCUGAGAGCUGUACAGUGCUUUGCUACACCAACCAAAAACCCUGAUGAUAUCAAUAAAGUGGUGUUCUUAAGUGGAGGCUGUGACGUUGAUGAUGAAGUUGACACUGUAGUAGAGAAGAAUGGUGAUGGUCUUGAGGCCCGAAUCAGAAUCAGUGCAUUUGCAUUUCAAGGUUUGCCUGAAGUGUACAUCUUCUGUAAUGCUCGGUUAUGUGACAAAAAAGCAGAAAACUGCAGUCAGUGUGAUUCUAGUCGAGCGACUGAGCCAAAAUCUGCAGAAGUGGUGUUAUCUCUGAAGCUAGACAACAAUGUGGAUUUCAGCAGCAGCUCCUACACAGCUGUAUCCUGGACCCUUCUGGUCAGCUCUUUGCUAGCACUGUGGUCCAACAGACUCAUCUGAAAAAGACUCAUCUAUCUUAUGGGAGAAACUGUGGAAAGGGACUAUAUAAGCCUUUUAGCCUAGCUACCUAAAUAAUUUAUAUUUAUUUACCUAACAAUGAAAAAAGUAUUUUGUUUUCUAUUAUUAAUGUUGAUCCCCAGAAAGUUUGCUCCGGACCAUGAAGCCAGGUUUCUACCGAUUAUCAUAUAUUAGUAGACACUGCUGAGAUUAUAUUCAAUGUAUAUUAAUCUGUUUGAUAUAUGCUACAAAAUCUGUAUAAGAUCAUUUACCACUAAGAAGAGUUUUGUGUUAAUUGUAACAAAUAAAUUCAUUUAUAUUUAUAAUACAUAUGUCUAAAAUAAAAAAUAAUAUGUUGUGACUUUACCCUUGUUGUGUGCCAACAGGAAGCACAGGGCAGUGGUUUUACCACUACUGACUGCCAAUAGCAAACAAAGAAGAGUGAUUUUAUUCCAUUAUUGCUACUGGUACUUAGCAGUGAUUUUAAGCUCACUGUAUGCCAGUAACACAGUGAAAUCAGUUUACCCCAUUGGCUGACAUUACAACAAACAGAGCAAAUGGAAUACAAUCACGCACACAAAUAGCACCAAGGUUAUCAAUUUCCUCAAGCUCAGCACUUCCUCCUACACAGUUUAUUCUCUUCUCCAUAUAUGAAAACAUACGGAAGAAAAAAACAAAACAUAGAAAUGUCAUAAUACAUGCCCAUACUCCCCUCUCAAUGUCUGCUUCAGCAGCAGUGGAAAAAUUACAUCAAUUUCCUGGACCACUUGAAUGUACCCACCCCAUGCUAAGAAGGCCAAUGCCUAAUCCAGUCUGCAGUGGAAGCCUAGUACUGUCGCACAGACUGGAGUGGAUGUUAUAAAGGGUGCAUUAAUGAAACUCAGAGCUAUGCUGCCUUUCAUGUAAGGCUUUAGUCCCCAUCCCAUAUCCCCCCUCAUUUAACCAUGUGUAAAAUCCAUAAUCUGUGUUGUGAUGGGUAAGUGGGAUUUGUGUGUGUUGCUUGCACAAAAUAAAAGAGUAGAUCAUUGUUAUUUCUGUUACUGCAAAUCAAGAAGGGUAAAUCACUGGUCUAUGUAUUCUUGGAUACAAAGAGGGUUAAAUUACUGCUCUUUUUGCGUACUUCAGUUGAUAGGAGUCACUGAUCUAUCUGCAUUUCUGUCAGCUGAGAUGAUACCAUUUCAGCUCCAUGUGUGUUGCUGGCACAAAUGUGUUGAGUUAUUGUACUUUGUGUGAUAUUUUCAUUAAAAACAAAGUGUACAAUCA